CUGUAAUGAAAUCCUAAGUUCAAAGCACGGUUCUAUAUGCGCUAGGAACACAUCAAAUGUACGGAAAAUCACUCGAAAAUGCAGAAUACAUCACUUUUAUUGUCUAUUGAAAAGGGAUGUUAUCUCUUCAGCGCUCUAAUUGUAAAGACUAGGUCAUUUGCCCACCGCUGGCUGUUCUGUCCAUUUCAAAUCUACUGUUCAUUACCCAUGUCUUUUCAUAAGUUGUGGAGGAAAGCACAAGACAAUCCGACUGAAUUUUCAGUUUGGAUAAGCCUUUUGGAUCUCGUUGAAAAACAGCAAAAUAUUGAGUAUGCUAGACAAGCCUUUGAUGCUUUUUUCAAACGUUUCCCAUAUUGCUAUGGUUAUUGGAAAAAGUUCGCUGAUAUGGAACGCCAUAAAGGAAAUAAGGAAAAGUGUUUACAAGUUUACGAAAUGGGAGUUAAGACCAUACCUUUGAGUGUUGACCUCUGGACGGCCUAUUUGGACGCUGCCACUGAAUACUACCAUACGCAUGAUGACUAUGAAACUAAAAUGCGCAGUCUCUAUGAAUCUGCAGUGGAUUCUGCUGGGCUUGAAUUUCGUUCUGAUGCCUUGUGGGAGCACUAUAUCAGCUGGGAAAGUGGACACAAUCGACUAGUUAAUGCUGCGAAUAUAUAUGCUCGUUUAUUAUCAAUCCCAACUCAACUUUACUUUCAAAAUUGGGACAGUUUCAAUAAAUUAGUAGAGGAAAAUCGUCCUGAGGAUAUACUGUCUAAAAAUGAGUUUGCAAGUAUGGUGUCACAAAUUUCAGCGGCUACUGGUAAGCCUAUUUCGCUUGAACAAUCAACAGGAGACAUUAGUGAUGAGUUGGAACCACCAAUUUUAGGAUCUACAAAGCCAGUGAUCGAAAUAACAGAUUCUGUCAGGGCAUCUGUACGACAAAUGAUAAUUGAUUCGCGUGAACAAAUUUAUCGGGCAACUUAUAUGCAGAUUAUGCGGCGGUGGUAUUUUGAAGAAAAGAUCCGACGUCCAUAUUUCCAUGUGAAACCUCUUGAAGAAGUGCAACUAAAUAACUGGGCUGAAUAUUUAAGUUUUGAAGAAGCAGAAGCUGGAACUGUAAUUUCACAUAUAAGAGAACAAAUAAAAGUGACUAAUCAGUUAUCUGAUGAUAAAUUAGAAGAAGCUGUUCUUGAAUAUCCUGAAGUAAAACUUGCUAAACGUCGUGUUCGUGUUCUUUAUGAGCGUUGUCUUGUUGCUUGUGCUCUAUAUGAACACUUUUGGAUACGUUAUGCAAAAUAUUUAGAGUAUACUGAAGGAGAUAUAUCUGCUGCACGUGAAGUAUGGCGACGUGCUUGUAUCACUCAUUUACCAUACAAGCCAACAAUUCAUUGGCAUUGGGGUUGUUUCGAGGAUAGAUAUCCUGCAUGUUUAGAUAAUCCUCAAAAAUUCGAAGUCCUUACUUGUCUCGAUAUUUUGACAGACUUAGAGAAACGCUUAACGGAUAGUGCUCUUGUAUGUUGUAGACGAGCAGAUGCUUUAAGAAGAGCAGGGAAACCACUGUUCGAUAUUAUCGCUUGUUUGCGCAACGGUAUCAAUCGGCUUCGUUAUCUAGUUCAGGAGCAAAAUAAAGUAGCACAAUGCGUUUCUGGAGCUACUGCUUCUCGCACUGUAGCACAAGCUAUUGCUACUGCAGCACAAGCUCGUGCAGGAGCGGGUGUUCUUGCUGGUCGUCUUGCUCGAUUGUUUCAUCGCAACGAAUCACUAGCCCCAGACGGAAUACCUGUAUGGAUGUUGUUGCUCAGUACGAAAUAUGAAGAGGAAGAGGAUGAAUCGAUGAUAAUUGACCUACCUAAAUUCGAAGAAACUAAUCUCAAAGAGAAAAUUGUGGGAGCAGAAAGUAAUGAUAACCUCAAUGAGAAAUCAGAUGAAGCUUCCAAAUCUCCUGGGGCUACGAAAGUCGAUGAAGAAAAUAUUACAGAUGAAGCAAAAGAAAUCAAUACUCUAACUAGCGACCGUGAAUCUGAUUCGGAUAUUGAAGCUGCCUCGUCUGAUAACGAUGUGACAAUGGAUGAAGAAACUGAUGGGGAAAGCUCCGAGAAGCCAGCAAUGGAUGCGACGACGACAUCCAACAAAGAUGAGCACACAAAUGAGGAUGCUUUAGAUGAAUCUGGCUCUCCUCCCAUUCUAGUUGUUCCUUGUUCACAAAAAAAGAAAAAACAUCAUAAGCGUAGGCACAGGGAAAGCAAAAAGUCGAGGCGAAAGCAUAGUUCUAGCAAAAAACCGAAACUGGAAGAUGAGAGUUCUGAAAAAGAGGAUAAAGAUGAAGAAAAUGCUGAGGACGUAUCAGGGGAUGAGUCAAAACCAGUUCCUGAGGUUGACCAAACAGCUGAAGAAGAGGAACGUAUACGUAUACUUCUUAACAGACGACACAAAGUAAUUGAGAUUCACGCCCCUUCCCCAUCGGAACUUACGGACGAGGAUCGUGUCGUUAUUUCUUGCGAAGAAGCAGCUAUUAAAGUCCUUAAAGAAGCCAUUGAUUAUGACCCACGUAACGAGCGGUUGUAUGCCCAGUUACUCGAUAUCGUCUACCAACGUAGGCCGGUUGAUAUUGAAGGAUUUAUUGAAGCCACUAAUCUUGCCACAAUUGAUUCAGUUUUGCCAGCGCAUAUCAAAUUGGCUUUCUGUCAACGUAAGCUACAAUUUUUAGAAGAAUUCGAUACUGAUUUAUCUAGGUUAAAUGCUACAUAUGAAGAAUACAUGAGUCUUUGUGAUGCAAUCAAUACUGGUGUAACUACAUCAGCUAUUGCUCGUGGAGCUAGCAGACUUAUAAGUGGUUACCAGUUGCCAGAUCUUUUAAAUUUACCAACAACUUCUCUCAGAGUUAGUUCAGUAAUUGGAGCAAAUUCCUGUGAAAUGGUAGUUUCUGCUGCACCAGUUGGUCGUACACCUUGUUUAAAUACUGACCAAUCAGCUUUGGAAGCUGCUGCUUCAGUUGGAACGCCAGCACCAGAUCCAUCCACUGCCGCUGGUUAUUACACUGCUGGAGGAUAUGAACCAUUGGCUGCCGCUCUUGGUAAUACAUCUGGGCUUCCACCUCCUGUCCCAACAGGUAUACCCGUUAUGACACCUUCAGUUGCAAUUCUUCCCGGUGUGUCGGAUACAUCGACUUCAGGUGCGGCUGGUUUGACAGCAGAUGCAUAUGCAACUUAUUACUAUACUGCAACAACUGGUGCUUCGUCUGUUCUCGCGCCUGUCAUUGUUCCAGCGGCAGUAGAUGUCAAUUUGUCCGCAUCAUCAGGGGUUACCUCAUCGAUAGUAACUUCAGUAACCACAUCUCUGUCAUCAACGAUAUCCGUUGGACAAUAAUUUCAUAACAAUGUGCCACAUUCGGUGUUUUUUUCUAAUGGCUGUUGAUGCUUCCCACUUUGUGUUUAUUACGUAUUUUUACGAAAUCAUUUUGUUGUGGUUUGCUAAAUAUAUAUGUAUCUAUAAGAUGGUUUACAUUCGUUGCUCAUUGUAUGUGUUAAUCUUUGUAUUGUUUAAUGGGAACUGUAAUUGCAUUCACUUAAUCUCGGGCUUUUUCGGUUAGAUGAUGUGGUUCGUGGAUUUACGAUAAUCUUUGUGUAUUGUUUGAUUAGUUUUUAUGAUCUGUUAAAGUAUUUCUGGAUUAUGUUUAUUCAUAAUAGAUUUUCUAUUUCGUUUAGGUUCAAUUUACAACCCCGAAUGCCCUUGUACGGCCGAGGGGGGGGAGAGUCCGCUCUCCCUCUCGAAAUGGCCACAUGUAUACAGCUACUAAGAGAGAAGUCCUACUCAUUGCCUUCUCGUGGCGGGGGUGUUUACGAAAUUGAGAGGAGGAAAAGCAAAUGUCUGGCGCUUUAACUGGGUUAGUGGACAUGGAAGGUCCACCUAGGGGAGUUGGAAAACUCUGAUUCCAAACCAAUGGUGCACAUGGGCUUCAGUGUCUUGCGGAACCAAAUGGCGUAUGAACCAGUCGUUGGUCACCGGCUACCAUGGGACUGCAUCUCCUCACGAUGCUCCACUGUCUUGUGGAUUAGACCUUUAGGUCGAAGGCUCGGGGUGUGGCUCUCUAAGCAAAACACCUGCUUCGGUCUGGGCACCCGGGUAGUAUCACAGACCACACACAAACCAAGUGACUUGGAUAGCGCUUAUGUAUUUAGUGCCCCUUUUUUUCCAAUAUUUAUGUUCAAAUCAAAUUUAGGUCUUAAAACAUAUGUGAACUUUGCCUAACAUAAUUAAGAAGGAUUUUUUUAAUGAAUUUCUGUGUCGUAGUAUCAGAAAAGUUGACUAUUUACCAAGUAAGCCUUCUUUCAUCAUCACCAAUAACUUACCUCUCCGUUAAGUAGUAUUAACACUACCUCAUCAGAAAUCACAUUUUAAUCCCGCUUCAGAAAUGAUCUUAUCGAUCAGAGUUUAUGUUAGAUUCCUCGUUGUUCACUGAAUCUGCUUUUCAGAUCUUUAGAUUUUUCAAUUAGGAGUCGAGUUGCACGAAGCAAAACCUAGGACUUAUAGCUACUCUAGUAAACCUGUUGUUUAUUCUAUAAGUGUUCAAAGUGCAAUGGUAUUUUUUCUCUGAAUUUCGUGUGUAAGGAUAAUGAUCAGCUUGUCGAAUAACUCAUUUCUGACUUAACAUUUUCCGG